UUCUCUUACGCUACCGGCAUAAAUGGCUUCCGGAUCGAGCGACGCCUUUGUCGGAGGACGUCUCUCUCGUGCUUCUUGGAGCUCAAAUCCCUCUCUCUCUCCUUCCUCCAACGUCGAAGCGCGACUUCUCACUCUUCUUUUCCGAUCGUUCCUUCUGGAACCUAAUCUCUUUCUCACCUCCAUCCGGUUCCGCGAUAAUUGGGAGAGGGGGCAGGACUCGCCGCGCACAUGGAGGACAGGGCGGCCGAUAAGCAGUCGUCGUACACCUACUGGGUGCGUGAGGCGACGGAGGACGCCGCCCCGCGCCCCGUCCCCCGAAAGCUCACCGCUGACGACCUCUCGAAACAGCCCCGCUCUGCUGUCUUGGGAUCCGUCUGGAAUCAGGCUGGCACUUGGGAGGAGAGAAACCUUAAUUCAUGGGCAAGCAAUAGAAUAAAGGAGCUGCUUAAGUCUUUAGGCUCAUUGGAGUUUUCCAGUGGCAAAGCCUAUAUAGAGGAAGUGACUAAAUGCUCAGGCGAUGCAUUUUUGGUUACUGUGCGAAACAAGAAGAGAGUUGGUUACACUUAUGAGGUGACUAUAAAAUUCAAAGGAGACUGGUUGAUCCAAAAGGAGAAUAAGAAGAUCAAAGGCCACUUAGAUAUUCCAGAGUUCUCAUUUGGUGAACUCGAGGACUUGCAGAUUCAAAUAAGGCUCAGCGAAGACAAGGAUCUGAGCACAGACGAUAAAAUGAAGAUAUGCAAUGAUCUAAGAUUGUUUUUGGCUCCCAUCCGCAAGAAACUGGAGGUGUUUGAACAAGAGCUGAGGGAUAGGUAACCGGACUACCAUUGCUGGAUGACCCAUAUAACUUGUAAGAUCUUGUCAACGAUAGAAUAUAAACAUUUCUUAGUCUCACAUGUGUUGGUGAACAAAUGUAUCGUGGCUGAUGAGUUAGCAUGACUUGGUCCACGGGUCGAUGCCGAGGUUGGCCGGGCCCUUAUGACGGGGUGUUGAUCAGCAUUUUUCGGACCCAAAAGUAUACUUUAUCAACAUGGAUGUCAAACUCUGUGCCUCGUAAAUCUUUGAGGCGAGUUUUUUUUGUUAUCUGCUUAUCUACAUGUUUUAACAACUAUUCAAACUCUUGGGAUAUAUAUUUUUUUCCUUGUGUUC